AUGAAGCCCAUGGAGGCAGCGGCGUGCUCCGGCGGCCUGGAUCCCGCGGCACUGGCGGAGGCGCCGCGGCUGCUGCGCUCGGCCUCUCAGGCCAUGGAGGGGCUGGCCUCCGACAUCCAGUCCUGCGGCGGGAGCCGCCGGAGAUGUGCGCCUGGGGCCAGCAAGUGCGGGGGGAAGGCCGCCGCCCCCACCCUGGAGCUUCUCGUGGCCUAUUUGCUCCAGAUCUGGGGCAUCUCCGCCGCCGCCGGAUAUAAGGCGCUGGCUCUGCAGGCCAGGGACGCCUUUUACUUCGCCCAAGACCUUCAAGACACCAUCGACUGCCACAACCCGCCUCGGGUUCGUAGCCGUCGUCAGUCCAAGCCCCUCCCCGCUCUCAGGUGGUGUGCUUCCAACUGCCUCCCUUUUGGAAUAGUUGCGUCCAAACCACCCAAAAAGAUCAUCAAGGACAUCAAAGCUGUGAAUCAAGAAACUCAAAAGAUUGUUCAUCUGCUUGACAAGGCCGCCGGCGGCUCAUCGUCCACUUCGCUGCCACCGCGGAUGCCUGAUUCAGGCAGGGAAAUUCUUCAGACUAGGGUAUUUGUUGGGCGCGACAAGGAGAAGGAUGAUAUCGUGCAAUUGCUCAUCCAGCCAUGUGCCAAGUCUGCUGUUAUCUCCGUUGUUGGUGCUGGAGGAAUCGGGAAGACAACUCUUGCUCGGACGGUGUUCAACGAUGCAGCGGUUGGGGAGCAUUUUGAUGUCAAAUGUUGGGUGUCAGUUUCAAGUAGCUCCAACAAGAUGGACCUCGCAGCACAGAUCCUAAGGUCGGUCAAGCCAGCUUGGGAUGGCUCUGCUGACAAGAUGGUGGAUUUUCAAAUGCUUCAGUCUGAGCUCCGUCAAUCUCUUACAUCAAAGAGGUAUCUGAUUGUUCUUGAUGAUGUAUGGAACAGCAAGGAUGAAACCUGGCUGGACAUGCUCGCUCCUCUACAGUCAGCAGAUAUUGGGAGCAGAAUUAUGGCGACUUCUCGCAUGAACACCGUGCCUCACAUCCUCGGAGCAUCGCAGAUGUACACCGUGAAUCCGCUCAAUAGCGAUGAUUGCUGGGCCCUACUCAAGGAACAUGCUCUUCCAAGUGAUCUUGGGAAUGUCUAUCCAAAUCUUCACCCGAUCGGGAAACAGAUUGCUGAAAAAAUCAAUGGCUCACCUUUGGCUGCCAAGCUGGUGGGAGGUUUGCUGGGUGAUACAAGGAGCAAAAUUCACUGGAUGAAUAUCAUGGAAACAGGAUUAAAAGAUAAUAAUGUUUCCUCUGCCCUACGCUUGAGCUAUAAGUACCUACCAGUACACCUCAAGCGGUGCUUCGCAUAUUGCAGUUUGUUUGCAAAGGACCAUAAGUUUGAUCCAGCACACUUGUCCCGCCUUUGGAUUGCCGAGGGUUUUGUUCAACCACAAGGCAUGGCUGACAAAAGGAUGGAAGACAUAGCUAGAGAAUAUUUUGAUCAGCUCCUUUCACGCUCAUUCUUCCAGGAAAUCAAGCUUGGAACCAAGACGUACUACUUGGUACACGGCUUACUGCAUGAUCUUGCAAGGUCUGUUGCUGCGGAGGACUGCUUCCAUGUUGAUGAUGGCAUGAACUGUGACAUCCCGUCAACAGUGCGCCAUCUGUCUGUCACCAUGAACAGUCUACCUCGUCUCACAAGCUUCUGCACUCUAAAAGAGCUGCGCACCUUGUUAAUCCGACCGUCACUUCCGUCCAACUCCAGCUGCUCCCAAGAGGAUUCUUCUGUGAAUUUAAAAAGUAUCCUGGAGAAUUCCAAACAGUUGCGUGUUCUUGAUGUCAGUUGCUUUAACUCCAAAGAGUUGCCCCAAUGCAUUGAUGACUUAUUGCACCUCCGUUACCUAUCUAUCCAUGGCUCCAUCCAGAGGCUUCCUGAGUCGAUUGGCAAGCUCCUGAAUCUGCAAGUAUUGUGCUUCACUGGGAAAUGUUCGUUUGAUAAGCUUCCUGAAAGUGUUACUAUGCUGGUCAAUUUGCGGCACCUUCUUGUUGAAACAAAGUGUACUGCAGGAUUGGCGGGCAUUGGUCGGCUAGCUAAGCUUCAGGGAUCACUUGAGUUCCACAUUGAAAAGAAGGAAGGGCAUAGAUCAGAAGAGUUGAGAAACAUCAAUGGUCUCCGUGGGUUACUAAAAGUAAAAGGUCUAGACAAUGUUUCAAGCUAUGAAGAAGCCUGCAAAGCUGAGUUGAAUAAGAAAACGCAUCUUAAUUCUCUGAAUUUAGAAUGGAGCUCCGCUAGUAGAAAUAACCCCCCUCCUGCUGACGAAGAGGUACUUGAAGGCUUAAAGCUGCACCAAGAUAUAAAGGUACUUCAUAUAAGAAGGUAUUGUGGCACCAAAGCUCCCAGUUGGCUACAGUCAUUGCAGCAAGUGUGUUCUUUGCACCUUAUCAAUUGCAGGAGUUUGGGCAGCCUUCCUCCAUUGGGAAAUUUGGGAUCACUCAGAUAUUUACACAUGAAGGAGCUGUGUGCAGUUGACCGAAUUGGACAUGAGUUUUAUGGCAACGGUGAUGUGGCAUUUCCAUCUCUAAGUGUCCUUGAAUUUGAUGAUUUCCCAAAGUUGCGUGAGUGGGCUAGAAUAGAGGACAAGAAUUCAUUUCCAUGCCUUGAAAGAUUAAUUAUAGUGGAUUGUCCACAAUUGGUCGAAAUUCCUCCCUUCUCCGCAACUACUCGUGAAGUUACCAUUGAGCGUACAGGCUUCAUGCCAUACAUGAGGCUUGCCCCUUUUUCUUCAAGUUCAGAGAAGCUCCAGCUGGAUGUUUGCACAACUUCUGUCCACUUCAACGGGUUGUUCCAUAAGCAGCAUGUAGAGGCUCUUGUAGCUUUAUACAUAAGUGGUGCUGAACAAGUCAUUGCUACUGAAGAAAUAGGGUUGCUUGUUUCUCUACAAAGGUUGCAACUUAGUCGCUGCAACUUUACUGACCAGAAUUUUAGUAGUUUUCUCCAGGCUCUGCCUCAUUUGUCCUUGUUGGAGAUGAUAGACCUGCCUAACGUAACAUCUCUUCCAGCAUCAGAAACACUUAGUUUCAGCACCAUGCUCACUGAGUUGUCCGUACGCAACUGCCAGUUUUUGCACUCUCUAUCCUCACUGCAGUUCUUUUAUUCACUAAAAGUUCUGGUGAUCGAGAGAUGUCCUAAAGUCACUACAACAUCAUUUCCGUUGAAAUUUAGGAGCCUUUCGUCUCUCAGAGUGCUGAGAAUAUCAUACUGCCCAGAGCUCCAAUCUUUACCAGUGUGUGGUCUGCCAUCCUCAUUGGAAACACUUGAUAUUAUUGGGUGCCACCCGGAGUUGUCCAAGCCAAGGAAGAGAGUGCAGUGA